AUGUCUGAACGGGCUUCGGCUCCAUCGGCCAGCAAUGGCAGCCCGCCGCCAGACGAUAUGGCAGCUGAGCUCGAGUCUUUUGUCCAGCCGCUGCUUAUCGACGAUGGCGUGGUUCAUGACUUGGCCUAUCAGUUCUCAAAGGUUUACCAGGAACUUGCCCUCCACUCCGAAGAACAAUUUCUCCCGACGCCGGUGACUGAGCUACCUUCGGGCCACGAGACAGGUCAAUUCCUCGCCAUCGACGUCGGCGGCACCAACUUGCGUGUCGCUUUCAUCGAGUUACUGGGUGAUGCUGAUGACCUUGCAUCGUCCGCCCAGGGCCCGGACAAGUCACGUGAGACCAUCAGAAACGCACAACGACCGCGCGUGCGGCGGACUUUAGAGAAGGCCUGGCCCAUUGGUGAACAUCUGAAAAUGGACAAGACCGAGGAUCUUUUUGCCUGGAUUGGCGAUUGUAUUGCGGAAGUCGUGGGGGACCGACUUGGUUCAGAUAUUGGCAGAGUCGCUGUCCCCGAGGAGCUCCCAAUGGGCAUCACUUUCAGCUUUCCCAUGAAGCAAGAGAAGCUCGACUCGGCGACACUGAUGCCCAUGGGCAAAGGCUUCACGAUAACGUCCGACCUGGAUCUAGGUUCCACCUUGCUGCAAGGCUACGCUCGACAUACUAGACAACAACAAAGUAACGACUCCUCCCCACGAGCAAAGAGGAGGAAACUUGGUCCGCUCCCCCGACUGAAGAUUGCUGCCAUCACCAACGACACUAUUGCAACUCUUGCAUCAUUAGCAUACAGCGUCAAGUCGUUGCCAAAUUCUCGCGUUGUUGCAGGCAUCAUUGUCGGAACCGGUUGUAACGCCACGGUUCCCAUGAAAUUCUCAAGCUUGGGCGCGGCUAAGGUUGACCCGAUCCGCAAGAACAAGCCAGAAGCGACCCAGACCGUUGUCAAUACCGAAAUCACAAUCGCUGGAGCCUGUGGGCCACUACGAUCCAUCACAACCGAGUGGGAUCGUGAAUUAGACGCAGCUUGUGCACGGCCGGGCUUCCAACCUCUUGAGUACAUGACUGGAGGUAGGUAUAUAGGAGAGCUCGUGCGCAUCAUAUUCUACGACUACAUGACGAGAGCACAUAAGCCGCCGGUUCCAUCAACCUCACUCCCCGCUACUAUCGUCCAUCCAUACAGCUUCACAACAACCUUUGUCAGCGCGGUACUGGGACGAGCACGGUCGGAUGCAGAAUUAGCGGGAGACUUGAAGCGUCGAAUUCCACCGCCAGAAUCAUCUAAUUGGGGAUGGACGCUACAUUCGGCUGGAGCCUUGCGCAGAAUUGCGCAUCUCGUCCAAGUCCGUUCUGCGGGACUCAUUGCCGCCACGACUGUAGGCCUCCUUGCUACCGUCGGCGAAAUUGCGUUGUCCGAACCAGGCAGCCCUGCCUCACUUCCUGAUGCGGUGUUCACAUCAGAUAGCAGACCUUCAUCUCCAAAGAACAGUCAUCUAGCGCUACCGUCGAAUGACGUGCGCGAUGGGCUCUCGCCUGCUCCAGGUGCCACAGCCUGGAAAUCGGGGCCGGAAGAACUGGUCAUUGCUUAUACUGGAGGAAUUAUUCAGCAUUACCCCAACUUUAAAGAACAAUGUCAGCGAUUCAUCGACCGGCUCGUGAUGCGAGCAGGUCCUCAAGACGGCGGCAAAAGUGUAUUUUUGCGUGAAGCUCGCGACGGUGGUAUCAUCGGCGCAGGUGUUUUGGCAGGGCAACAGGCUUCGUUGUCGUCGCGUUAG